AUGUAUGGGAACCAGAGGACGAAUCACGAGUACGCACCCCCCAUGGUGAUCAAUGUGAACAACAAGCAAGUGAAUCCCCCACCUUUAAGUUACAGAAGCUACCCACCGAGGAGUAUAAAUCUGGGACCAGUUAGCAAUCAACAUGAGUCAAACGCAAGCGAUAACAUGAAGAAUUAUGUGCAAUAUUCUGGCCACCGAAAUGUCUCUGAAAUGGAGCCCUUGAAACAUACCACUUCGCAAUAUAUACCAAGGAGAAGAGACGAACGACAGAAAACGAUGGGCGUCAUGGGCCUGGCCAAUCAGUGGGACUUGAACAGGGCCGACAUAAACCACAUUGUAGCCAAUUACACAAAUUCAAUUCGAGUCCCGACCAACCACAGCUCUGAUGGUAGCAGUCAGGUGAGGACAUUUCACAAAAAUAGGCCAGAAUCUGUUAGGGAAAUUCCCCCAUUCCAAGUUGAUAAAAGUAAAAUGAAUUAUCUUCCGGCAGAAAGGAACACCACACCCAUCAGUGUUGAGAGCGAAAUGGACAGUAAGAAAGAUAUGUCAUUCCUGGGAAGGGAAUACCAAUCUGUGUACCUUAGUAGAAAUCAAAAUGACUAUGUGGUAGAACAGAAGGGGAGACAUCCAACAAUGUCAAGUCAGGGGGGGGAAAAAAAAAGUGUCACGGUAAGUACUAGUGAGAAGGAUACCUUUCUGGGCGGUCUCAAGAGGGAAAAUAACAUUGCCAUUUCGACAAGUUUACAGUCAAGCGGUGAUGAGAAAUUUAUCAAAGGUCAAGCACAGGUGAGUAGGAACAAAGCAGAUGGAAAAAAGGUGGAAAAGAAAAAUAGCAAAAUAGGUGAAGAACUAAAAAGUGAUCGGCUGAGUACUCCCCGUAAGGGGAAGAACGAUCACGUGUUAGGUAGGGAGACCAUGCAGGAAUACCGGCUUAGGAAUGGAGAAAAGGAAUAUACAUCUCCACAACGUGAUGGCAAAAGUGCGAAAAACGGUGAGUCCUCUACCAAAGCGCCAAUACAUCGAAGCUGUAGGGAACAAUUACCACACAACCUUUCAAUCAAUUUGAAAAGAGACAUGUUCGACAUGACCAAAGGGUUACGAAUUUUCGACCAUAUGAUAAUUGUAGAUAGAAAUAGUGUACUCAAAUUGUGGAAUGGCUUUGAAUGGAAGAGAGUGAAGAGUUAUUUCCAAUUUGUGACUAAGGCUAGAUAUGACCGUAGGGGACACCUGUGGUGUAUCAAUAAUUCGUACGAGCUACUCAAAAGGAUGAAAAAAAAAUUUAAAAACUUUGGGAAUUUAGCUAACGAAGAAAUUGUAGAUAUCAGUUUUGAUAAAAAAAAUCUCUUAUGGUGUGUUAAUCGUAAGGGAGAGUUGCUCAAAUGGAAUAGAACCAAAUGGACUAAAGUGAGAUUUUCUGGAUUCCAUAAAUUGAUUAGUGUGGCCUUUGACAGUAGGGGAGAUUUGUGGGCUAUCAACACGAAGAGGGCGUUGGCGAUCUGGUGUGAAAAGGACAGUUGCUGGAAUGAAAAAGUUGUGAAGGAUGAUUUGAAAAUAUGUGCCAUCGAUUUUGACAACGAUGGGCAUAUCUGGGUCGUAUCCACUGCGGGCGCGCUGUUGACCUAUUCGCAGGGUCACUGGGUGAACUUUGGCUACGUCUCCUUGGACCGCUUGAUUUCGGUGGGCUUUAGGAAGGUCCGCGCGGGGUAG